AUGCCAAGGUCUCAAGUUAUCGGACAACCACCACUUCCCAUCAGCCAAGGCAUAGUGCAUUGGAAUAAAAGGCGAAAGGAAAUGACCAUUAUAAACGAACAAGCAAUCUCGGGUCCGAUCCGAAGCGAAAUCACCAAGAUAAAACAGCUCUUCGCAGUCGACACACCAUCACUGAAGCGCAUCACAGAGCAUUUCGUCCACCAACUGGAAGAAGGCCUCACACGACACGAUGCCGAGAUUCCAAUGAACAUAACAUGGGUCCCCUCGUUCCCAAGCGGUUACGAAACAGGCCGCUACAUUACAAUCGACAUGGGCGGCACGAACCUCCGCAUCUGCAGCGUGGAAUUAACAGACCAAAAGGGCGGGUACCGUAUCACGCAGGAUAAAUAUAUUCUCCCCGCGGCAUUGAAACGCGGGACGGGGGAUGAGCUCUGGGAACUUAUUGCGGAUAAACUGCAAGCUUUCCUGACGGAGCAUGAUCUACUCCCGGCGAACAAGGAGGGAGAAGGGGAAAGGGAAGAGGAGGAGGGGAAAUUGCCGCUGGCGUUCACCUUCUCGUACCCCGUUACACAGGAUCAUAUCCGGCACGGCGUGCUGCAGCGGUGGACAAAGGGGUUCGAUAUCAGUGGUGUAGAGGGGGAGGAUGUCGUCGCUCAAUUCGAGAGUGUUCUACAACGGAGAAAUCUUCCCGUGCGCAUCGUCGCGCUGGUCAACGAUACGGUCGGGACACUGAUUGCGUCGGCGUACAAGAAUCCUGAUAUUCGCGUGGGAAGUAUCUUCGGGACGGGGUGCAAUGCGGCGUACAUGGAGCGGUGCGCUCGGAUCCCGAAGAUUUCUUCUUCUUCGGGCGACCAGAUGCAGUUUGAUGAGGACUCCAUCGUCGCGAUUAACUGCGAGUAUGGUGCCUUUGAUAACGGUCGGCGCGUCCUACCCCGAACCAAGUUCGACGAGGAUAUCGACGCGACAUCUGCGAGACCCGGUCAGCAGACGUACGAGAAGAUGGUUGCGGCAAUGUAUCUGGGUGAACUGCUACGGCUGAUCCUGCUCCAUCUGCAUGAGUCUGUGGGACUCUUCCCAGAUGCCCAUGUGUCGCGGCUUCGUGAAAGCGGGACGAUGGACGCAGUCUCGCUUUCAAAGAUGGAGGCUGAUGGGUCUGAGGCGGUGCGGAUGGGCGAAGCGAAGAGGAUCCUGCAGGAUGCAUAUGGGAUCGAUGCAACAGAUGAGGAACUCCGCGUGUGCUGUAUCCUUGCGGAGGUUGUGUGUGCGCGGGCAGCUCGGCUGUAUGCCUGUGGUAUCGCAGCGUUGUACAAGAAGCAGGGCGUUUUGGAGUGCGCGGUGGGUGUCGACGGGUCUGCAUUUGAAAAGUACUCGCAGUUCCGGGAGAGAGCGGUUGCUGCUCUCGCUGAGAUUCUGGACUGGCCCGUGGGUGAGGAGCGGGUCAAACUGGUUUCCGCCGAGGAUGGAUCGGGGGUUGGGGCGGCGCUCAUAGCAGCCAUAAUUCUGAAUCAGUAG